AUGAUGGAGUAUGAAAGCACUUACCAAAUAUUUGACCUGCUCAGCCCGGAGUUCACCUUUGGUGUUGAUGUCUCCGAUCUUCCCUGUGGCCGGAACGGGGCCCUCUAUUUGUCGCUAUGGACGCAGAUGGCGUGCCCACGGGAUCUGAAGUUCAUCAAUGGCCAAGCCAACGUUGAAGGCUGGGAAUCGUCGUCAAACGAUGUCAACUCGGGCGUUGCACCACUCGCUAUGCCGCCACCUGCGAUUCUGAUGGCUGCGAUUUUAACCCAUAUCGUAUGGGUCACCAAAUCUUUCUAUGGUCCGAACAAGAUUGUGGACACCACGUCUCCUUUCACGGCGGUCACCCACUUCAUCACCGACGACGGUACCUCCUCCGGCAGUCUGAAGGAAAUUAAACGCUUUUAUGUGCAGAACGGCAAAGUGAUCCCCCAUUCGAAAUCAACUAUUAAGCAGAACUGA